AAAGCUGCGCUCUGAGGGCUGUGUGCGCCCUGCGCUCCGCGGACACGCACUAACCAUGUUCUGAGCCCAAGGAUGGAGGGUUCUGCACAAACCACAGGAGCAUAACACAGGUCGGCCGGUGCAUGUUUUUUAAAUGGGAAAUCUGUUGGGCAGCUGGCGUUUCAAGGAGCCGAGCACCGUUGAGGAAUGCGACUCGACGUGGGGAUCGGACUCGGAGAGCGACGAGCCGGCGGCGGAGGAUGACAGCGGCAUCUCCGACUCCGUCAGCCCGGCGGAGAGCGAGCGGGCCGCCGGGGACGCGUCCCCCCAGCUGAAUGAGUCACCAGAGUCUGCUCCAAAGAUGAAGAGGAGUUUCUACGCAGCCAGGGACCUCUACAAAUACCGUCACAGCUAUCCGAAUUAUAAAAAGUCCAGGCAGCCCAAUGAGUACCGCAACCUUCGCUUCUACCUUAACAAGAUCCCUCUAGUACCUGAUGGAAUCUAUAUCGAGGAGAUUCUGACGAAGUGGAGAGGCGACUAUGACAAACUGGAGCACAAUCACACCUACAUUCAGUGGCUGUUUCCAUUAAGAGAACAAGGGCUCAACUUCUACGCACAUGAACUGACUCAGGACGAGAUAAAAGAAUUCCAAAGCACUCGGGAGGCGAAGCGGAGAUUCCUGGCCGCCUACGCCCUCAUGUUGGACUUCUACGGCAUCAAGCUGCUGGAUAAAAGUGGGAACGUGGCUCGGGCUUCGAACUGGCAGGAGCGCUUCCAGCACCUUAAUGAGUCCCAGCACAACUACCUGCGGAUCACUCGCAUCCUGAAGUCCCUGGGUGAGCUCGGCUACGAGGCCUUCAAGGCCCCGCUGGUUCGCCUCUUCCUGGAGGAGUCGCUGUAUCACAACACCCUUCCCAACAUGCAACACAGCAUCCUGGAGUACUUUGUGUACACCAUCCGCCUGCCGGCCACCCGCAGACGCCUGCUCCGAUAUGCCCGUCAACACUACAGGCCCGCCCACGCUUUCCUCUGGGGUCCGCCUCCUAAACGGCGAGGGGCCGGAGGGGGCGGUGCCGGUACUGUAGGCGCUGGAAGUAGCGGGAUCAGAGCACCUGCUCCGACACCAGAACAGCAGAGGAGGGGUGAGGAGAGCGGAGGAAUUAUCAUGACUUCCCACGAUGCUUUGAAAUGCCCGGAGCUGCUUGGAGGAGGGCUGAAAGGAUGCGCGGGGCUCGGAUCCAACGUGGUCGUACUGGACGGAACCUUAAGGAUGGUGGGAGGUCGGGAAGAGAGGAAUGAGUACAACGGGAUUGGCUCUUUGUAGGGAAAAGAGUAGAGGGAUGUUUCCAGGCAGGAAUUGAAACAGGUCUUUUUUUUAGUAACACAUUCAAUUGUAAAGAAAAGAAAUCUAGAAUCACGGCAGUAAUUGGACGUAGGGCUGGGUGAUCUGAUGACCUUAUGUCGUGGACGAAUUUGUGAUAUAAUGGGCUUUUUGGAGGAAUUGUAUAGAUUUCUCUGUUAAAUGCAUAAAUAACAGAGCUGUUCAGACUCCUCCAGCAUUCACCUCAAACGGCUCAAUUACUAGUAUAAUUACUAUAUGAUAUGAGAGCAUGGCAUUAUGUUUUUUUUUUUUUUUAGCAUUUUUAUUGUUAAACUAGUGAGUCAAUUCAAAACCAUUUAAUUCUGCAGAAAAG